AUGACAGAACGAGAGAAGUCAGAAACGGGGAACAAACCGAAAAUCGCAUCGAUAGAUGCCAAGAUCGUUUUGCUGGGGGACACCGGCGUGGGAAAAACGAGCCUCGCCCUCAGAUUCGUUCAAGAUGCCUUCUCAUCACGCACGGCACCGACAGUUGGAGCCUCCUUCUUGACCAAAGUCCUGUUAAUCUCUGAUUGCAAGAUCAAGCUUCGCAUUUGGGAUACUGCGGGCCAAGAGCGUUUUCGGUCGUUGGCCCCCAUGUAUUACCGAGGGGCGUGUGCCGCGGUAAUCGCAUUCGACAUCACAAGGGAGGAGAGCUUCAAAAAGAUGCAGGACUGGGUGAAGGAGCUACAGAUCAACCUUUCCGAGGAGAUCAUUUUGGUGGUGGUGGGGAACAAAGCAGACUUGGAGAAGUUCAGAAAGGUGUCCAAAGCAACAGCAGAAGACUAUGCACGAAACAUCGGCGCCUUGGGCUAUGUGGAAGCAUCGGCAAAGACAGGGGACGGGAUUGAGGAGAUAUUCAUGAACAUUGCACACAAACUAAACGAGAAGCGUCUGGCGUCACCAGACGGUAUGGACUCCUCUCGCUCCCCGUCGGGCGGACGACGGCUGGUGGACGAUGGCGAGGGCGACACGGGCAGGAGAUGUUGCACAUAA